AUGGGCUCGUACAAUCGCCGCGCGCGCAAGUCCCUGCCAGAUCGCAUCCGAACCGCCAAGAAGCACGUCCCAGACGCGUGCCGCAACCGAGUCGACGACGUCCUGCAUCCGCAUGACCCCAAGACCCCCCUUGAACCUCGGUGUGAAGACGACGUCCUUGCCAUAGCACGACCUCCUCUUGCCGCCGCGGACAAAGUCGGCGAGAAUGCGAUCAAGCUCCUUGACGACCUCGAGCGGUGGGAUGUCGGCGGAGAGGAUGUGCAGAAUCUUGGGAAUGGCGUAUCGGUUGACGUAGAACGCUCGGGUGUGGUGUGUGAGCCCUCGGUCCCGUGCCGAAUCGAGCACCGCUUCGAGCCGUGCGACGAGAUUCACGUUGGCGAGUUCGGUGUUGCCGGUGGGGUCGAAGAUAGGCCGAUCCACUCGAGCGACUCGCCCUCGGCCUUGACGACGAGCGGACGAUCGCCAGUCCAGCGACCCGAUGGGUAG